UUCUUAUUUAGUUGAGGUAUAUGGGGUUAGAGAAUUUCGUGUUCGACGUUAAUUCAUCGUUUCUAUCCUAUUUAACUUUUAAAUUGCCCUUUAAGCCUUUGAAAUCAUGGCAUCUGACACAGCAAGACAGUUUGCAAAUCCAGAAAUGCCCGGAUAUGUAGGGUUUGCUAAUCUUCCAAAUCAAGUUCAUCGUAAAUCUGUGAAAAAGGGAUUUGAAUUCACAUUAAUGGUGGUUGGUGAAUCUGGUCUUGGGAAGUCAACAAUGAUUAAUAGCCUCUUUCUAACUGAUCUCUAUCCUGAAAGAUAUAUUCCUGAUGCAUCUGAGAAAAUUAAACAGACAGUUAAACUGGAGGCUAGCACAGUUGAGAUAGAGGAGAGGGGAGUGAAGCUGAGAUUGACUGUAGUGGACACUCCUGGAUUUGGAGAUGCUAUAGAUAAUACUGAUUGCUUUAAAUCUAUAAUCCACUACAUCGAUGAGCAGUUUGAACGGUUUCUUCAGGAUGAGAGUGGAUUAAACAGACGUAACAUUACUGAUAAUCGGAUCCAUUGCUGUUUCUACUUCAUCUCCCCAUUCGGCCAUGGACUCAAACCACUAGACAUUGAGUUUAUGAAACAGCUGCAUAGCAAAGUGAACAUUGUCCCGGUCAUUGCAAAAUCUGAUGCCCUAACCAAGAAAGAAGUUAUGAAACUCAAGCGAAGGGUCAUGCAGGAGAUUGAAGAAAAUGGUAUCAAAAUUUACCCACUACCUGACUGUGACUCAGAUGAAGAUGAAGAUUAUAAGGAGCAAGUGAGACAGCUGAAGGAAGCUGUGCCUUUUGCUGUGUCAUCCACCACACAGACACUAGAUGUAAAAGGUCGAAAGGUUAGAGGUCGGCUUUACCCAUGGGGUGUGGUAGAAGUUGAGAAUCCUGAACACUGUGAUUUUAUCAAACUUAGAACAAUGUUAAUAACUCACAUGCAAGAUCUGCAAGAAGUUACCCAGGAGCUCCACUAUGAGAACUAUCGGUCUGAGAGACUGGCUGGGAAAGCUGUACCUCGGAAGAUGUCAACCCCUGAUAGUGGACUGUCUGAGAAAGAACGUAUCAUUCAGGAGAAGGAGGCAGAACUUCAACGGAUGCAGGAGAUGCUAGCUAAGAUGCAGGAACAAAUGAGACAAAAACAAAGUGAUGAUUCUCGUCAAGCCACUCCUUCACCAACCAAUGCUCCAUUGCCACAAAGUGAUUAAACUUAAGUGCAGAACAAUUUACAUAACAAUGGCAUUUAGGGUAAGAAAUAUUUUCUUACAGAUUUUUUUAACUUAAUUUACUAAAACAAAGGAUUUGUGGUAUUUUUAAAUCUUCCUUAAGAAUUAUGAUCUAUAUUUAUUUUUUAAAGUCUUCAAAAUAUUGAGUACAAUCAGUUCUUGUUGCAAUUGAAAACAUCAGGGAAUUUUAUUGUCCUUAAACUUUUCGUAGUUGUUUUGACAAAAAACAAAUACAUACACACAAUUUGAAACUGGUAUAAGUAUAUAAAUAACAAUAUGAGCAAUAAACAUCAGGCAAUACCUUUGUAUGGAUUCACCACUAGCAUUUUACAUUACAUUACAACAAAUAGGCAUCAUAUAUAUUGCCUAACUUGAGUUUUACUAUCUUUGUGUUUCCAAAUGGGGUUUACUAUUUUUGUGAAUUAUUCUUAUGGAGAUUUGCCCAUCACAAAUUGAUAUUUAAUCAGACUCUCAUUUUUUAUUUUAUUUUUUUACUUAGUAACAUUUUAAAAACAAAAAUUCAUCUUUUUUUGCCAUUUAUAUUAUAGGCUAAAAUAUUUAUUUGCAGUAAUACUACUGGCUUGGUUGAGCCUAAUUCAUUUAAUAAUUUUUCUCUAUACUAACAAGAAGUAUAUUCAAUUUUUAAUGGUUUCAGAAAUGUAAAGCCGGAGUAUUUCUUUUUCAUAUGAUACUACUGAUGGUUUAUUUAUAUUAUGAAUUUUUUUAUCCUAAUGUGAGAACAAAAGUUUAUCAUUUUAAAAUCUAAACUUCAUUGUGUUAAUCAAUUGUAUACUAAACUAAAAGUAGUAAAGAACAAAAAACUUCCCAUGUAGCAGUAAAAUAGGAUAUGCAAAAAAGAUGAGAUCUUAAAAGAUCUUGAAAAUGAGCAUUCUUGCAUGAUUUCUAAUUUAUGGAAGCAAACACUUGAUUAUGGUAAAAUACAGAGAUCCUGAGAUGUGAUUCUGAUGAAAUAUUAAUUUGCAGAGGCUGAAAGGUACAUAAUUAUGAAGACAAAUGACAUGCUUCUGCCAAGCAACUCAUAGUUAUGGUAGAAUAUUAACAAAGAGUUGAACAACUACAGGAAUUAAGUAAUAUGGUUUGUAAAAAAAAAUCAUCCUUGAAAUGUAAACAUUACAAAAGAAAAGAUUUUAUUGUAGUCAAGUGUUAUAGAAAAAUAAUAUCUUAAAAGCUCUUGCAAUAAAAACAUUUUGGUGUAAACUGUUAGUGUUAUGCUUUUAUUGUUAUAAAAAGUGUGGUAAGAAAGAGAUUUCAUAACUUUCUAAAAAUGCAGAUUUUUACACAAGUGUAUUUUUGAAGCAUAGAAACUAUGUAAUUAAAGGUAUAUUGAGAUAAAAAUUGGACUAUAAAGCAGUAAUGAUACUUGCUUUGAAGUUAAGAAAAAUUAUGAUGAAAAAAAGAAUUUUAAAGCUUAAAUAAAAAGUCGCGAGUUUACAGAUGUGGUGGUAGUAAAGAUUCACUGCAUACAUGAAAUAUAGGAGAAAAAUAGUAUUUAAAAGGAACUUGCACGUAACGUUGUUUUAAAGUCACAACCUUAAGCACAAGAAAAUGCAAGCUUUAAACAUUAAAUUGUAGGCCUAUAAAUAUUAUCAAUCAUGAAAAUAUGUAAGAUGGUCAUGGUAAAUUCUAAUAAUUGUUUGAUUCUUGUCUUCCUAUGUAUAAAAUUUCUGUCUUCCUUGAAAUCUCUAAGUUUACAUAAAAAUAUUGUCUUGAGACUACGUAAAUCCUACUGACUUGCUUUUUUUAGACAUUUUAAUAUUGCAUAUAUUAUUUUCACCUUUUAUAUUUAUCUUUCAUGUUUUAAGAAUAUUUCUAACAUUUAUUUUUUGUAUAUUUUUACUAAAUGUUUCUGUGUGUUUUAGAAGCAUUUCCUUAUUUUGCAUACUUAGUAUUAUUCAAAAUAAUUAAAUAAAACAUUUCCUAGUCCUGGUAAGUGAAGUACUGUAAUGUCAUCUAAAUAUAUGCUCAAAAAUGGUGGUACAUUAGUGCUUUGUACCAAGAUGAUUGUUCUUAACACCAGAUUAAACAUGUCCCAGUGUAGAAAGUAAAAGAAGAAAAAUAAAGAUACUGUACCCAGACAAA